AUGGCAACUGCCUUUGAUACGAAAGAUGAGAAGAGAAGGAUUGCUGUCCUUCUUCAUCUAAUCGGUCCAGAAGCUCCUGAAUUUCCCAUCUUUACGCUUACUGACGAAGAGAAAAAAGUUUACAACAAUGUGAUGCGUGCAUUUGAGGAAUUCUGCUCUCCGAGGUCAAACGAGAGUGUGGAAAGAUAUGUAUUUUUCACAAGAAUGCAACAGCAAGGAGAAACAUUCACAUCCUUCAUAACCGACCUCAGAAAACUCAGUACCACGUGUAACUUCGGCGAACUGAGGGAUAGCUUAAUAAAAGACAGAAUCAUUUGUGGAAUGAAUAAUACUGAUCUCAAAAUGCGACUUUUGAGAGAAGAAAAUUUAGACUUGGAUAAGUGCAUGAAAAUGUGCAAGUCGGCUGAAUUAUCAAUGGCUCAGCUUCAAACAAUUGAAGGAUCAGACACGGAGGUACACUCGAUGAGAAUGACUGGAUCAUCAAAUGUGGAUAGGCGACAGAAGAUGGAACCACGCCAUCGGCCAGCUUCUUCAACGAACACCGUUUCGACUUCCAAUUGGGGAGAUAGGCAUUUGAUGGAGUCAUGGGACACCAAUAAGGGUCAGCAAACGCGGAGAUGCAGCAGAUGCAACAGGACUCAUCCCAUUCGACAAUGUCCAGCAUAUGGUAAAGCAUGUACAAAUUGUAAGAAAUUAAAUCAUUUUGCAACUGUAUGUAGGUCAAAGCGAGUCGAUGUGCUUGAGAAUCAAGAUAAUCUUGAUGAAAAUCCACAAAAUGUAAACCUCCAUGAGCAAGUUAAAUUAGACACAGGUGCACAUUGUAAUGUAAUUCCCUGUGAAGUAUUAAAGACUAUGUAUGACAACAAACCUGACAUUAAAAAUACAAAUGUUAAAUUAAGUGCUUAUGGAGAUGAAAAGAAAGACGUUCCUACAAUUAUAGGGUUACCUUCUCUAACAAAUUUAAACCUUAUAAAAAGAAUUGACACAAUUGAAAGAAGUCUUAAUAAAACGCGCAUAAUGGAUGAAUAUGGAAAGGUGUUUAACGGAAUAGGAUGUAUAAGUGAUUUUGAAUAUGAAAUAAAAUUAAACAAGAAUGCGAGAGGUUGUAUAAUGCCAUGCAGAAAAGUUCCCAUAGCUAUCUUGGAGCCUUUGAAAUUGGAGCUGGAGAAAAUGAAGGAACAAGGAAUAAUAAGCGAGGUUAAAGAACCAUCAGAAUGGGUUAAUCAUCUUGUAAUAGUUAGAAAACCUAAUAAUUCAUUAAGGCUAUGUUUAGACCCUGUUAAUUUGAAUAAAAACAUCCAAAGGGAGUACUUUCAAAUUCCAACUUUUGAAGAAAUUUGUGCAAGAAUAUCUGGAGCAAAGAUAUUUAGUACAUUAGAUGCUGAUAAAGGGUUUUGGCAAAUAAAAUUGGCAAAAAGAAGUACAGAGUUGGUAACUUUCAGUACUCCAUUUGGAAGGUUCAGAUUUCUAAGAAUGCCAUAUGGGAUCUCAUCUGCAUCGGAGGUAUUUCAAAGAUGUUUCAGUGAGGUGUUCGGAGACAUUGAAGGAGUAGAAAUUUACAUAGAUGAUCUAUUAGUAUGGGGAAGGGAUGAAAAAGAGCAUGAUGAAAGACUAAGGAAAGUGUUAAAGAGAGCUGAAGAAAGGGGUGUAAGAUUUAAUCCAAAGAAAUGUAAUAUUGGUGUAAAACAAGUAAAAUAUGUAGGCCACAUAUUCACAGAAAAAGGAAUUCAACCCAGUGACGAGAAAAUCAAAGCAAUCGUUGAAAUGAGAGCACCGAGCAACAAGCAAGAAUUGGAACGUUUUUUGGGUAUGGUCACGUACGUUGGGAAAUUUAUAUCUAAUCUAUCGAGUAUCAAUGCCGUGUUGCGUAAUUUAACGAAAAAAAAUGUAAUAUGGAACUGGGAUUCAAAUGCGGAGAAAGCAUUCAAUGAACUGAAAUCGAAGCUUAUAAAUAAACCAGUACUCAAGUUCUUCGACGUACAAAGACCAGUGACACUCUCAGUUGAUGCUUCACAGAAUGGAUUAGGUGCUGUCAUUCUACAAGAAAACUUACCAGUAGCCUAUGCCAGUAGAUCAUUGACAGACACAGAAAAAAAUUAUGCUCAAAUUGAAAAGGAAACAUUGGCUAUUAGUUUUGCAUGUAAUCGAUUUAGACAAUAUAUCUUUGGCAAAACAGUCACUGUAGAAAGCGACCAUAAACCACUCGAAGCGAUAUUUAAUAAACCUCUUAAUGAAUGUCCCCCAAGAUUGCUUAGAAUGAGACUGUCAUUGCAAAAUUUUGACAUUGUAAUACGAUACAAACCCGGUAAAGAAUUGCUUCUUGCUGAUGCAUUAUCUCGUGCAUAUCUGCAGAAUGGAACUGAUGAUCUUGAAGAAGAGAUAGAAGCUCAAGUAUGUUUCCUUAUGGAUAAUUUCCCGAUAACACUAGAUAAAAAAGAGGAAUUCAAAAGAGAAUGUCUAAUCGAUGAAGAAAUGCAACUUUUAGUAGAGUAUAUCAAGAGAGGUUGGCCAAAUGAGAAGUCAAAAUUAAUAGAUAUUCUAAAACCGUAUCACAGUUUCCGCGAGGAAUUAAGUAUAAUAGACGGGUUAAUAUUUAAAGCCCAGAGGCUUGUUGUACCAAAGAAGUUCAGAAAGCAACUGUUGGAGAAAAUACAUUAUGCUCAUCUAGGGAAAGAAAAAUGUAAGAUUCGUGCUCGUGAGAUUCUGUAUUGGCCUAAUAUGAAUAAACAAAUAGAAGAUCUUGUAGAUAAAUGCCCAACAUGCGCUACAUACAAAAAAGCAAAUGUUAAAGAAUCUCUGAUUCCACACCAAAUUCCAGAUGGUCCGUGGGAAACAGUGGGCAUGGAUAUAUUUCAUUUUUGCAAUGCUGAAUGGUUGUUAGUCAUAGAUUAUUUUAGUAAAUUUGUAGAAGUCAUGAAACUGGAGAGUAUGCACAGUACCACAAUUGUUGCAAAACUCAAAUCAAUUUUCUCCAUAUUUGGAAUUCCUAAAAGAGUAAUUUCAGACAAUGGGACUCAUUUUAAUAAUAUAAAUGUCAAAGAAUUUGCAGAAACAUGGAACUUUGAACAUAUUACGUCCAGCCCAAUAUACCCAAAGUCAAAUGGAAUGGUGGAACGACAUAUCGCUACAAUUAAAAACAUGUUCAAAAAGCUUGAAAUGUCCCGCAAGGAUCCAAGUUUAGCUCUAUUAGAAUACAGGAAUACUCCGAUCUCUGAUCAGAUCGGAUCUCCAAAUGAAUUAUUGUUUGGACACAAAACUCGUGGACUAUUACCAAUCAGAAUACAAAGGGAUAAAAUUGAUCGCGACUGUAAAAAUAAACAGAAACUACAAAUAAGACAAGAAACUCAGAGAAAACAAUACGAUAAGAAUGCGCACAAUCUUGAACCGUUAAAUAUAAACAAUCGAGUUUUUGUUCGCAAAGAUCUGAAUAUGCCAUUAUUACCAGGUAAAAUAACAAAUGUGCGCGAUACUCCGAGGUUAUAUCAAGUUCAGCUUGAUAAUGGUAGCAAAAUAGUAAAUAAUAGGGCACACUUGUAUGAUUUUCCAUUUAAUGAUGCAAGAAUGGAAUCUAAUUUAAACACGAAAAACACAUUGGAAUUAUCAAAUGAGGCGCAUAAGAGUACAAAAGAUUCCCAAAAAAUAUGCGAGAACGAUGUCAAGUAUGAAAGCCGAUCGUCUCCCAGAACGGUCACGCGAUCCGGAAGACAGAUCAAUCCUCCGUCAUACCUAGGAGAUUAUAUAAUGUACAUGAGAGUUUGGAGUACCAGAAUCAAAGAUUGA